CCCCUGAGUCUUCAUCGCCACCAUGACCUCCCCCGCCGGCCUCACAAGCGUGCGCAUCGCCCAGCUCGUCGGGAUCGGCGCGUCCGGCUACCUCGCAGGCUUCAUGUCCUCCUCCUCCCUCGUGUCCAUCCCGCCCCUGUCCCUCGCCCCGCCCGCCCUCGCCGCCCGGCAAUUCGCCACGCUCUACAGGACCGGCGCGCGCAUCGCCCCCGCCACCGCCGUCCUCGCCGCCCUCGCCCACCUCUACCUCGCGUACCAGUCCGCCGCGGCGAGCCCGCGGGAGGGGUACGCGUACCUCGCCGCGGGCGUGCUCACGCUCUCGGUCGUGCCCUACACACUCGUGAGCAUGAUGCCGACGAACAAGGCGCUAUUGGCGGUGGCUGAGUCGGAGGGGGUCGGGAAGGACGCGGCGGGGGACUCGGCGGACGAGGCCCGUGUGGUGUCGUUGCUGUGGAAGUGGAGGGGCUUGAACUUGGUAAGGUCCUUCGGCCCUGCUGCUGGAUUCCUGGUAGGCCUGCUUGCGCUUGGCGGCUACUUCGCCUGAGCAUCCGAUUC